AAGGACCCCGAGGUGUUUCAGACGGUCAGCGAAGGCCUGAAAAAGCUCUACAAAACCAAGCUUCUCCCCCUGGAAGAGCACUACAAGUUCCACGAGUUCCACUCGCCGGCCCUGGAGGAUGCCGACUUCGACAACAAGCCCAUGGUGCUCCUCGUGGGGCAGUACUCCACUGGGAAGACCACCUUCAUCAGGUACCUGCUGGAGCAGGAUUUCCCAGGGAUGAGGAUUGGACCAGAGCCUACAACUGACUCCUUUAUAGCAGUUAUGCAAGGAGAUGUGGAAGGAAUUGUUCCUGGAAACGCGUUGGUGGUGGAUCCCAAAAAACCAUUCAGGAAACUCAACGCCUUUGGCAAUGCCUUUUUGAACAGGUUUGUUUGUGCCCAGCUACCUAAUCCCGUCUUAGAGAGCAUCAGCGUCAUUGAUACACCAGGAAUCCUUUCUGGAGAAAAACAGAGAAUUAGCAGAGGUUACGACUUUGCUGCUGUACUGGAGUGGUUUGCAGAGCGGGUAGACCGCAUCAUUCUCCUUUUUGAUGCUCACAAGCUGGACAUCUCUGAUGAAUUCUCUGAGGUCAUCAAGGCCCUAAAGAACCACGAGGACAAGAUGAGAGUUGUUCUCAACAAGGCUGACCAGAUAGAGACUCAACAGCUGAUGCGGGUGUACGGUGCCCUCAUGUGGUCCCUGGGAAAGAUCGUCAACACUCCUGAGGUCAUCAGGGUCUACAUUGGCUCCUUCUGGUCUCAUCAGUUGCUCAUCCCCGACAACCGCAAGUUGUUUGAGGCAGAGGAGCAGGACCUGUUCAGGGAUAUCCAGAGCCUGCCCCGCAACGCAGCCCUGAGGAAGCUGAAUGAUCUCAUCAAGCGAGCACGGCUGGCCAAGGUCCAUGCCUACAUCAUCAGUUCCCUAAAGAAGGAAAUGCCCUCCAUGUUUGGGAAAGACAAUAAAAAGAAGGAGCUUGUUAACAACUUGGGAGAGAUUUAUGCCCGAAUUGAACGGGAGCAUCAGAUCUCACCAGGAGACUUCCCUAAUCUGAGAAAGAUGCAGGAUCAGUUGCAAUCCCAGGAUUUUAGCAAGUUCCAGCCUCUGAAGAGCAAGCUGCUGGAGACUGUGGAAGAUAUGCUGGCCAAUGACAUCGCCCAGCUCAUGGUGCUCGUACGCCAGGAAGAGUCACAGCGGCCGACCCAGAUGGUGAAGGGCGGAGCCUUCGAGGGCACCUUGCAUGGUCCGUUCGGCCAUGGCUAUGGCGAAGGCGCCGGGGAAGGAAUUGAUGAUGCUGAGUGGGUGGUGGCCAGGGACAAGCCCAUGUACGAUGAGAUCUUCUACACCCUCUCGCCUGUCGAUGGUAAAAUAACUGGUGCCAAUGCAAAGAAGGAGAUGGUAAGGUCUAAGCUGCCCAACACGGUGCUGGGCAAGAUAUGGAAACUGGCUGACAUCGACAAAGAUGGCAUGCUGGAUGAUGAGGAGUUUGCCUUGGCGAAUCAUCUCAUUAAAGUCAAGUUGGAGGGUCAUGAGCUGCCAAACGAGCUCCCUUCCCAUCUCCUCCCUCCAUCCAAAAGGAAAAUAACAGAGUAAAAGAAAGGUUACAGGGCAGAGGGAAAGGGAAGGGGGAAAAAAGAUCUAGAAAAACAUGUUUACUUAAAUUAUACCUUUAGAUGUGAGAUCGCCUUUGGAUUUAUAUCUAUUUUACUGUAUGAAGAAAACAAAAAACCUAAAGCAGAACAAAAAAGUCCACCUUCUUCAUGAUAACAUGCAAUUAACUCUUCCAGUGUAAUGUCCCUGCUUUCUAAUGUGUAGUCUGUAAAUAUGAAGGUAAAGAAAAGGUGUUGAGACUAGCAGAAUCUGAUAAGUGGGAGUAGAAGAAAAACUGAAGUGGGCUGCAAGAGUGAAAUAGACACUAGUAGAAAUCUGCUAACUGCCAGUAUCACUCCUGAGCUUUGGCUGCACCUUCUGCAGUUUAGUAGUCUCACAAACUUCAGGAGAUAGAUCUUGAUAACAAAGAGGAAACCACAAGGUCUCCAAGCUAUUGGCCAAACUAAAGAGCACUUCCUAAUUAACGUAAGCCCGCACUAAAAUACUAGAUACUAAACCCC